CACGAAAUAUUAUCGAUGCUACUGAAUCACACAACAGAAUAUAACACGCUUUUUGACACACUUCAGUUGCAGUUGGAAAUUCCCCUAAAUUACAACUUUGCAGAAACAAUAUCUGAACUGCGGCUAAUAAAUACACAUUUUCCAAUAGAAUGCCUGCCAACCAAACAUUUAGAAAUGGGCGCAAAAAUUGUCUAUGUCAACAGGAAUCCAAAAGAUAGAGCAGUUUCAUUGUAUCAUUAUCUCUCAGGAAAAAGAGGUUUUCCGGAUACGAGUUGGGAAGAAUUUUUUAACGAAUUUAUACUUAACGAAAAGUUAAAUGGUGGUUGGUUUAAUUACACCAAAGGGUUCACUGAAGAAAUGCAAAUCAAAUCUACCAACAUUUGCCCAGUUGUAUAUGAAGAACUGGUUUUGGACCCCAUCAGCAAUGUUACUAGACUUGAAGAACUUCUAGGAGUUCCAAACAAUGUUGAUUUCAUUACUAAAGUUGUUGACAGUUGCUCAUUUGAAAAGUUAAAGGAAAAGAAAAAAGAUGCAACAAGGAUGAUACACCCAGAAGGAAAGUCUACAGUAUUUCGGAAAGGAAAGAUUGGUGACUGGAAAAACUUAUUCACUGUUGCACAAAGCGAGAAGUUUGACGAACGAUACAAUUCAGAGAUGAAGGACUGUAAUAUAAGAAUGUGUACUUUUGUAGAAGAUAUCUCCCUUUCCCCUGUUUAUGUUUAUUUUAAUAUUUUUAUUUUACAAAGACUUUAAGAGAAGUCGAAAAAAACUGUAAACGGAAGAACAUGGGCCAGAAUAGUGUAUCUACGAAAUAUUAGAAAAUUUGAAACGCAAAGAUUUUAUAUUUUGCCAGAAUAUUAACAGUAUACAUAUAUAAUCCACAAACAGAUGUUUUCAAUUCUUCGAUUCGUCUGCUAUAUUGUGAAAAUUUUGAAGAUAUCCGAUGAUACUCAACUCUGCACGACGGAUUUUUACAUGACUCUUGA